GCGGAGCGGCACGUCACUCAGGGCGAAGCAGCGCGCCAUGGCGGGACCGCUGCAGGUGGCGGCGCUGGCGGCGCUGCUGGCGGUGCCGCUCCCGGUGCGGGCCCCGGUCCCGGAGCGGCGGCAGGAGGCGGCGGUGCGGGCCCUGGCUCGGCGCCUCCUGGGCCCCCGGGCGGCCUCCGCCGUGGCGCUGUCGGUGGACGGGCGGCUGGCGGCGGGCGGCCCCGAUGCCUACCGCCUGCUGUCCCCUCCCGGUGCCGCCGUGGCCGUGGCCGUGACCGGUUCUAGCGGCGUGGCGGCCGCCGCCGGGCUCUACCGCUACCUGCGGGACUUCUGCGGAUGCCACCUCUCGUGGGCCGGGGCCCAGCUCCGCCUGCCCGAGCCUCUGCCGCGGGUACCGGCCGAGAUCCGCGCAGCCACCCCCAACCGGUACCGCUACUACCAGAACGUCUGCACCCAGAGCUACUCCUACGCCUGGUGGGACUGGGAGCGCUGGGAGCGGGAGAUCGACUGGAUGGCGCUGAGCGGCAUCAACCUGGCGCUGGCCUUCCUGGGGCAGGAGCUCGUCUGGCAGCGGGUCUACCUGUCCCUGGGUCUGAACCAGUCGGAGAUCGACGCCUACUUCACGGGGCCAGCGUUCCUGGCGUGGAACCGCCUGGGGAACCUCCACGGCUGGGCAGGGCCGCUGCCGCGCUCCUGGCACCUCAAGCAGCUCUAUCUGCAGUACAGGGUCGUGGAGCGGAUGCGCUCGCUGGGGAUGCUCACGGUGCUGCCGGCCUUCGCGGGCCACGUGCCGCCGGGGGUCCUCCGGGUCUUCCCGCGUGUGAACGCCACUCGCCUCGGGGGCUGGAGCCACUUUGAUUGCACCUACUCCUGCUCCUACCUGCUGGACCCCGAGGACCCCAUGUUCCAGGUGAUCGGCACCCUCUUCCUGAAGGAGCUGAUCAAGGAGUUCGGCACCGACCACAUCUACAGCGCCGACACCUUCAACGAGAUGAGCCCCCUGUCCUCCGACCCCGCUUACCUCUCGAGGGUCAGCAACGCCGUCUUCAGGUCGAUGACGGGAGCCGACCCCGAGGCGCUGUGGCUGAUGCAGGGCUGGCUGUUCCAGCACCAGCCGGACUUCUGGCAGCCGGCGCAGGUGCGGGCGCUGCUGCACGGCGUGCCCCUGGGCAGGAUGAUCGUCCUCGACCUCUUCGCCGAGUCCAAGCCCGUCUACCCGUGGACGGAGUCCUUCUACGGGCAGCCCUUCAUCUGGUGCAUGCUGCACAACUUCGGCGGCAACCACGGCCUCUUCGGCACCGUGGAGUCCCUCAACCGCGGCCCCUUCGAGGCUCGCCGCUUCCCCAACUCCACCAUGGUGGGCACCGGGCUGGCGCCCGAGGGCAUCGAGCAGAACGACGUGGUGUACGAGCUGAUGAACGAGCUGGGCUGGCGCCACGAGCCCCUCGACCUCCCCGCCUGGGUGUCCCGCUACGCCCAGCGCCGCUACGGCGCCGCCAA